AUGGCUGUUGGAUUUAUUAAUUUUUUAUGUUUUUGUCUUCGAAGAAGACCAGUCGAGAAGAAGCACGAAGAAGUUGUAAUUGAAAUAAAAUCAACAGAAAAUGAUGCGCAAGAUAUAGAAACGAUACGAGAAUCUGUAGACGAGAUCAAGGUAGAAGCUUCAGAUUCAAAUAUGACAGACGUAACUCUGAACAGUUCACCACGUGGAACGGUUAAAGAAUUACCGAGUAAAUCUGGUAGAAAAUUAACAUCUACCAACUUUUUCUCGUUCUUUACUUGUAAAUAA